AGGCAGCGGGGAGCCAGCUUGUCUGUGUGACCAUGAACAACAGUGCCUGCAGCGACCAAGGCCCGGGAGAGGCGCCAGAGGAGAGGUGCUUUAUCAGCAUCUCGGAGGCGGCCGCCCUGGAGCGGGAGCUGCUGGACGAGUACCGCUUCGGGCAGCAGCAGCUGGUGGAACUAUGCGGGCACGGCAGUGCGGUGGCUGUGGCCAAGGCGUUCCCUUUGUCCUCGCUGUCGCGCAAGCAGAGGACGGUACUGGUCGUGUGCGGCCCGGAGCAGAACGGCGCUGUGGGGCUAGCGUGUGCCCGGCACCUGCGGGUGUUCGACUACCAGCCCAGCAUCUUCUGCCCGGCGCGUUCGGCCGACACUCUGCACUGCGACCUGACCACGCAGUGCGAGAAGAUGGACAUUCCUUUCCUGUCCUUUCUGCCCGCCGAGGUGCGGCUCAUCGAUGACGCCUACGGGCUGGUGGUGGACGCAGUGCUAGGCCCCGGGGUGAGGCCGGCGGAGGUGGGCGGGCCCUGCGCGCGCGCGCUGGCCACUCUGAAGCGGCUCUCCAUCCCGCUCGUGAGCCUGGACGUCCCCUCAGGUUGGGACACCGAGGCUGGCGGCGACGCAAAGGAUGACGUGCAGCCCGACGUGCUAGUGUCCUUCGCUGCGCCCAAGAGCUGCGCGAGUCGCUUCUCCGGGCGCCACCACUUUGUGGUCGGCAGGUUCGUGCCUGACGACGUGCGCCGCAAGUUUGGCCUGCGCCUGCCAAAAUAUACUGGCACCGACUGCGUGGCCGCGCUGUGA